AUGGUGACCACAAGAAGCAUGGACGAACAACAGAAUACUAGAGAUUUGAUAAGGCAAAUGCAAGAACAGAUACAGGCACAAGCAAGAACCAUACAGGCGCAGGCACAGGCACAUCAAGAGAUGCAGCAGAAGCACGCAAAGGAAAUUGCGGCACUCAGGGCGGAACAAGUCCAUACCGAGCGGUCUGCCUCAAACCGAGAGAAUGAAAACGAUGGAAGUAGAAAUCGACAACAAUCCCAUCACAUCAACCCGAACGAUGGAAGGAGAGGACCAUCAACCGUUCGGCCAACCAGUUUACAUCCUUUUACGACAACCAUCAUGCAAGCUCCAAUGCCAGAAAAGAGUCCUUCGGUAUUAGAAAAGUAUGAUGGCUCGACUGAUCCAGACAAUCAUCUUAGGAUCUUCACCAGUGCAAUGGUGUUCUACACGGACAGCGACCCGGUCAUAUGCAGAGCUUUCUCCUUGUCACUCAAGGAUGACGCAUUGGAGUGGUAUAACACUCUUCCCCCAAACACAGUAGAUUGCUUCGCCACUGUCGAAACCCUCUUUAGAAGACAAUACGCCUCCAACCGGAAACAGGAGACAACAGCGGCAGAAUUAGUAAAUACUAGACAGGAGAAAGGGGAAACCUUGAAGGCAUUCAUGAAAAGAUACAAUGAAACCGCACGACGAGUUAAAGAGGCACGGCCACCGAAAACCAUGGAGGAGCUCCAAGAAAGAGUAGCCGAAUUCAUUCGUAUGGAAGACAUGCGAAUCUCACAAAGAAGGCAACAACAUGAAUUUGAGGCAGGCGGAAAGAGAAAGGACAACAAACAAACGUUCAACAACCACGACAAAAGUAAAGAUUUUUCUCACAGUGAUUUUGUUCGAACUCCCAGAUUUAAUCAUUACACAACCUUUAACGCACCCAGAGCAAAAGUUCUCGAAGAAGCCCUUAAUGAUGAACUUCUUACAAUCCAAGAGAAGUGUUCCCCAAAAAACGCCGACGAACAGAAAAGCUGCCGGUUUCAUCUAAACCAUGGCCAUACCAUAGAAGAAUGUGGAGCAUUGAAGGAUGAAAUAGAAAGGCUCAUCCGAGCAGGACAUCUCCAAAAAUUUGUGAAGGGAGAAAGAGCUCAAAGAAGGAGUCCCCCUAGAGGAAGAUCUUUGCGUAGAAGUCCCGGACGAUCAUACCAAGGGGAAGAGCAUGGACGAAAAUAUAAUCGCAGUCGUAGUCAGGACCGUGAGCGGGAACGAUCGGUUCGUGGGCGUAUCGAUUAA